AAGGAUGAAGUAAGUGAGCUGCAGGAGGAGCAGGUGUCUGGGCGGUGCGAUCCCUUCUCCCCAUCCUCAGUGUGUAUUGCGAUCCUCUCUCUGCUCCUUCCCAUUCUCUCCUCCAGCACAAGGAGGUCGGUGUGUGAGCGGAGGGACGGAGCCGGGACUCCCUGUCUUCUUAUUAUACACUCUCCGGCCAGCCGGCUCCCAGCUCUCAUCUCCCAGCCUCCUCUCCCAGCCUCCUCUCCUUCCACCACCCAUCUGCCCGGAUACUGGCCAUCGCUAGGAAUACUAAGGACCAUUGGGGACCUCUUCCCGGACCGGACUGUGUCUUUCCUGGGGACAUCAUUUGCACAGCUUCUCCUAUCAUUUAGUGACCCACAACCAUGAUUCCGACGGGGAUCACAUGCCUCCUGAUCAGCCUCAGCCUUUGGGUCCCUCUGCUAGUAGAAGGGGAUGUGUGUGAGCCCAACCCAUGUGAAAACGGAGGAAUAUGUUUAUCGGGCUUGUCUGAUGAAACCUAUACAUGUGAGUGUCCAGUCGGCUUCAACGAUCCCAACUGUUCUAGUGUUGUGGAGGUUGCAUCGGUAGAAGAAGAAUCUACAGCUACAGAUCUAUGCAAUCCAAACCCCUGUCAUAAUGGUGGAAUAUGUGAAAUCAGCGAAGCAUUUCGUGGUGAUACGUUUAUUGGAUAUGUCUGCAAAUGUCCCCGUGGGUUUAAUGGAAUCCACUGCCAGCAUAAUGUCAAUGAAUGUGAAAGGGAACCUUGUCGGAAUGGCGGAAUCUGUACGGAUUUGGUCGCCAACUACUCAUGCGAAUGCCCCGGUGAAUACAUGGGAAGGAACUGCCAGUACAGAUGUUCUGGACCACUGGGUAUGGAAGGAGGGAUCAUCUCAAACCAACAAGUAACAGCAUCUUCAACUCACAGAGCUCUUUUUGGAUUACAAAAAUGGUACCCAUAUUUUGCCCGACUGAAUAAGAAAGGACUUGUCAAUGCCUGGACAUCUGCAGAAAACGACAGGUGGCCAUGGAUUCAGAUAAAUUUACAGAGGAAGAUGAGAGUCACAGGUGUCAUCACACAAGGAGCAAAAAGAAUAGGCAGCCCAGAAUAUAUCAAGUCAUACAAGAUUGCGUACAGUGAUGAUGGAAAGUCAUGGUCAACAUAUAAAGUAAAAAAAAUGAAUGAAGACAUGGUAUUUCGGGGUAAUGUGGACAACAACACGCCAUAUGCCAACUCCUUCACACCACCAAUUGAAGCUCAGUACAUUCGCCUAUACCCACAGGUGUGCAGGCGGCAUUGCACGCUACGGAUGGAGUUACUAGGGUGUGAACUAUCAGGCUGCUCGGAACCACUUGGAAUGAAAUCAGGACAUAUACAGGAUUACCAAGUCACAGCCUCCAGCAUUUUCCGAACACUAAACAUGGACAUGUUCACUUGGGAGCCCAGGAAAGCCCGGUUAGACAAGCAAGGCAAGGUGAAUGCCUGGACAUCUGGAAGAAGUGAUCAGUCACAGUGGCUUCAGGUGGAUCUAAUUCGACCUACAAAGGUCACAGGGAUCAUUACACAAGGAGCUAAAGAUUUUGGACAUGUGCAGUUUGUAGGUUCUUACAAGCUUGCCUUCAGUAAUAAUGGAGAACACUGGACCAUCUAUCAAGAUGAGAAACAAAGAAAAGACAAGGUAUUUCAGGGAAAUUUUGACAAUGAUACACAUAGAAAGAAUGUGAUCGAUCCACCAAUCUAUGCAAGAUUUAUAAGGAUCCUUCCUUGGUCAUGGUACGGCCGAAUUACAUUAAGAGCUGAGCUAUUAGGGUGCACUGAAGAGGACUGAAAAUACCCAUCAAAGAACCACUCAAAAUAAGUCAUCAUUUGCAAAUUUAAAAAAAACUGAAAAACCUGAAUGAGAACAUGAAUGGAUUUUCAUUGAAUAAGUGCUCACCUUUUGGUAGGCUGGUAACUGUUUUUUGCGAGGUAGUCUGUGCCUGCCCUUAAUGAACCCACCAGAUUAUGUCCUUCAAAUAUUGUCCCUUUGUAAUGAAAUGUUUUAAUUUUCUUCUAAGUUGUUCACACUGGUUGAAAUACGUUGAGGAAGAAAGACAGCAUCAUUUUUUUUUUUUUUUUUUUUACAGUUUUUUUUUGUUUGUUUGUUUAUGAGCCAGAAAAAUGCAAUUAUAACAAUUCUCUUCAGAGCCAAAAAAGAGAAAAAAACAAAUACCAAUCGAAAACCCAUUUUCCUAUCUACAAUACACAUUUAGUUGUAAAAGGUGAUGCUGCAGCUUAGCAAUAAGAUUUCUCUGGGAUGACUGCAUUAUCCUAAUUGUUUCCCUCGUGCCUAUCAAAAUAUUAAUAUUUACAUCUUAGAUCUUAAAAAUACAUUUGACUUACACCUAUGAAAUUGCAAACUUCAAAUGUUUCUUUCCUCUUAAUUUCAUUCCUAUUGUGCAUGUUCUUGAGGCAUGUUAUUACUUGUGUUAGAGACAUUUCCUUCCUUAGUGACCUGAAUACUAAAUAGGAACAAACUACGAAAAUAGGCUUUCUUUUCUGCAUGUCAUAAAAACAGCAAUACAUCAAUAUCUCAUUCCUGUUUAGUUUAUCACAUAGAAUGCACUGACGCCCAAGAUUAUUAUACUAGCAAAUCUCUUCUGAAUUUGCCCAAGGCAUUAUAGUUUUUUAAACAUUUUUUCAGCAUUGGAACAGUGCUAGCCAUUUUACUUAGUUUGCAAUAUUACAUAUUCAUGUAUCUCUCUUUUGGUAUGAAUUAUAUUGUUGCAUGGAGGGAGAUGAGAAUAAUGAUAGGUUUGUGUGCAUACCUUUUGUUUGUCAUUAUAUGUCUCAUGCGUUCAGUUUACUGGAGCAUAUGUUUCAGGUUAUACAAAAGUUUAAAAUCUAUUGUAUGUAUCUAAGAUCUAUUGUAUGGAAUAUGUGCAGUUUAUUUGACAGCUGUGGACCUACAUAUGUAUUGGUGUAGAUGGUAAUGCUGGUUUUUGAAAACACCUGUUGAUAGAGACUGUGAUAAUGUAGUAAUGCCUACUCAAUGUGUUCUUCAUUUAAACUGGUUGUAUGCAAACCCAUCUUCUAUAUGUUAAGUCAUACUAAGAUGCAAAGAUGAGUUUAGAGGUCACACAAGAGAUGGAGGGGUGCAUGGGCCCUGCAAAUUCACAUGCACACAAACAAUUCACUUAAAUUGUUAAAAGAAUGCGCCCAGUUGUGGAAAAAUGGUGAGGUCCCGUGUAACAUAACUUUUUACUUGUUUCAUUUUUAAUUGUGCUGCAUACAAAAUGCCACUAGAUGUCAAUGUCCUGUCUGUCUGUAUAAUGUCCUUCAAAAGAUAUAUAUAUUGUGUAUGAUGUUGUAUUCAACCUUGGUGAACAAUAUUAAAGAGAAAGUCAAACAUAAUGACCUAUAGCAAAGAAAAUAUGUGAUGAAAGAUCAUUCAUUUGGAAAGCAGCCCAAACAAUGCACUUUAUGCUAUAGUAUUUACAAACAUUAGUCGUGACUUUCUUCAGAUACAUUUGCUGUAGAUUGUUGCUUUUUUGACCAAAUGCACUUUCUCAUCAUUUUGUGUGUACAAGAUUCAUUGAUUGUUCUCUUAUUUAUGAAAUUAUUAUUCAUUUUAUUUUAAAAUUAGCAUUUUUCUUUACUGCAGAAAACACCACAUGGCAGUUUCCAUGUUCAUGAAAUUGUAACUGUUAAUAUUUUGCUCAAAAAGAGGAUCUGAACUCUGGAAGCUGUGCACAGAAAAUAAAAAGGCAAGCAUAGGGUAAAGGACUAGUCACCAAUAUUAUCGGUGGGCUCCCUAUAGCUAAUCUUUCUCCCAUUACUGACUGAACAAACCAAAUUUUGCACUCUGUGUCUCUGUGUGGGGGCAACUAUCUUGGUAGAGGCGACUUAGCUUUUUUUUUUUUUUCGAAACACACAGAAAGGAGAACAGCGAGAAGCACAUGACAUCACCAAAUGUAUUUCUGAACUGAAUAAAUUAGCAGUUCUUUAAAUCUCUCACUGCAUAUAUAAAGCAAUGAGGCUGUAAGCACAGGAGUGCCUAGACGUCCUCACUUCUUGAGUUCAAGUCCACUUUUAUGUCGAAAAGGUUCUCUCAAAUGAAGUAUUUAUGGCAGAUCAAAUAUAAGUGUCUAUGUAUGAAUGCAGACAGAAAGUUUACUUCUAUGUUACUUAAUAUUUUACCAUGUGGUGUAAUAAAUAUAUGUUCAUGUCAUCACAAGAAGAGUUUUGUAUGUAAACUAUUUAAAAAAUGAAGGAGGUUAGAUUACCGUUUGCAUUUGUAAAGUAUGUUUAUGUAUUUUUUUAAUACAAAAAGAAACAAAGAAUGGAUUUGUUUUAUUAACAUAAUAGGAGCUAUAUAUCAAUUUCAGGACAUAAUGUGGUAAUAUAAAGACCAGAUUACCUGUACACAUUCCUAAAUAAUUUUAUGCAUUCUACUUUGCCUGUUUAUUUUACUUUUAUGACCCCCGAUAUAUUUUAUCCACUUACCCAAAGGGCUUGUCACAAAAACUGGUUUUAGUUUUAUGUUGACUUUCUCUUUUGAUAUAAAUAUUUAAGCUUUGAAGACUAAAAGGUACUGUACAAUAUAUAAAAUAUAUAAUGAGGGUUAGGGAUUUCACUUGUUAGCCAUUCAACAAAUAUCGAAUACGGUAACCUUUGCAACUUUUAAAGCUAUAUAACAUUGAUAUGUUUUGUAAAUAUUUAAAUCAUUUAGGUUGAUGUAAAAUGAGUAUGACAUUGUCAAGUCUUCAAACCUCAAAUAAACUUUUGAAAAACUAGGUUAUUUUUA